AUGCGCUUCACACUACCUUGUUCCCCGAGCCUACUCUGUAUCGAUCGAUUUAGUCUCCUAGAAUCAGAAGCAUACGAAGUCCCAUUUUGGCAAAUCUUCAGAGCCGCAAUUACAGCCCGAAUUGAAGGAUGGGGCGACCUUGUCGGGCUAUUGGAAACUAUUGCAGUCACUCUUCAUUCGUCGAGUCUCCGAGACUACGACACUCUGCGCGGUUUUCUGCAAGAUGAAUGGGCUUCAAAAGAAACCCACUUUUUCACCGAAGUGUGGCCAGAGCUAGUGCGGUUGGCUUUAGAGAUGCCUCAGCUAUUCCCUGAGAGUUCUCUUCUUUGCCUCUCCGAAGAACACCGCGAGCUGGAGUUGUCAAGACGACAAGUUGGGUGCUUAGUCAUCCACCAAUUCCUCUGCUCACUACCUAAACAGCCAUGGGCUACAGACAGUUCCCAGGACUUUCGAAUUUGGUACUCGUCAGGCUCCAGACACUUACUGGCAACCCGGGCCUAUUUAAGUUCCCUCUUCACCUACUUUCAGCGACUAAGCGGCGUAGGAGAUGAGACACAGCGUGUACUUUCCCCACUCAUGAAUGAAUGGCGUAUCAUAUUUACCUUGCGCAUUCUCCAAGAAAACCAGGUUGUACAGCUCGAUCCGUCCCUACUAAAGUACCCACUCUGCCGGUUAACAGUCGUCCACCUGCCAACCGCAUCAACCGAGCCGUCGCUGCUCGGACUUCCUGACGGGGCGUGUGUCAUCUCAGCCAACAAAAACGUUGGCUUUGGACAAACGGGCACCCAAGAGGAAACCCAAGUGGGAUCAUCACCAGAAUCUUGCCCUGUUGUCCUGCUCACACCCACGCUGCAGAAUAAUCAAGUGUUGAUCGUACAGGGCGCUGAGGCCAUGGUCACUAUCAAAGGAUACGGACGCGAAGCCAGGCUUGAUUCCGUCCUGACAGCUGAUUAUGGGUUUUCAGCCGGGGAUUCGCAAUGGUCAAAAUGGCGACGACGCACCAUGCUCUUCAUGGAUGCUCUGCAGUUAGACCAGUUUAUUGUGGACAAGCGAAAAAUUGCGGAUCAUCUUCCUGGGCACGUAGAUCGCGAAUUGCUCAAGGCAUACAAUGCUUUCAGUAGCAGCCCUGGAAAGGGUGAGUGCAAGAGUAACUAUACCGAAAUAUGUGCUGCUUCGAUGGCCCAGACAAAUCUACGGCUCGUCUUGUCAGGCGAGGAUCACUUUGCCCUGGCGAGUGAGCUCAACGAGAUCGUGAAGAUGACGCGCGAGGGAUUGUGGACGGUCAAAAAUGUUCUUGACACGAUUGGUGCGCUGAAGCCUUAUGACUGA